UUGGCGGCCGGUCGUGAGGAUGGUGCGUUCUAUACGUAGACAAAGAAUUAUUUUUGUUUGCCAUCAUAAAGUAGAUAAUGUCGCCUGAGCCUACAAAAGUGCAGGUGGAAUACAUCAACGAGGAAAAACCUAUAAAGGAGGGCAGCGGCAGCCAGUCGCCCCUGGCCUUAUUGGCUGCUACUUGCAGUCGUCUCGGUGCUGCCAACAUGGGGCCCGAACAGCAGCAGUCAGAUAAAGAGCAGCAACAUCACUUCAGUCCACAACAACAACAGACACAACAGCAGCAAGUGCAACAGGCACAGCAACAGCAACAAGUGCAGCAACAGCAAGUGCAACAACAGGUUCAACAACAGCAAGUGCAACAGCAACAAGUACAACAACAACAAGUGCAACAACAACAAGUUCAGCAACAGCAAGUGCAACAGGCACAACUUAUACAACAACAAGUGCAAGGUGACGCAGCAACAAUAGCUGCAAUACAACAACAGUAUUUACAACAACAGCAGCAGCAGCCGCAGUUAAGGGUUAUUAGUUCUGCUGUAGUGCAGCAGUUGCGAGCUCAAGGAUUAUCAGGCAAUGAGUUGUCGGCGGCUAUUGUGAAUGCCGCGAACAGUGUUCCGAAUGGCAUUCAAGUUCAGCAGCCACAGGUUAUUUCUAUGCAGCAGCUGCAGUCGCUACUGGGCGGCGGCGUGGUGCCGAACGAAAGUGCUACAUAUCAGAACUCACCGCAACAACUCUUGCAAAUACAUCCGCAACUGUUGCAGCAACAACCGGGCGGAGUGUACGGCGGUUGCCUGGUGGGCGGCGUGGCUCCCAUGCAAGCCGUCACCGUCGACGGGCAGGAUGCUCUCUUCAUACCAGCACAACACGCUCAGAACUUCUCCGGUAUGGGACAAGUCAGUCUCGUGAACGGACAGCUGGUCAGAACGCCGGUACUGCCGGCUGGCUUCCUGCAAAACGUCAUGCAUCUACCAACAGGGGGCGGCGUGGCGGUCCGCGGGGGCAUGGUGCCCGUGCAGGUGCCGGUCAGUGCCAACGGGCACACGGUGUACCAGACGCUGCAUUUGCCGCUGCACGCCGCGCACCACGCGCCGCACCAUCUACAGAUCAUACCGCAGCUGCAGCAGAUGCAAGCGCAGCCGCAAAUGGCGAACGUCCUGACGCCGUCCGGUCAGAUUCAGCAGAUCCAAAUAGCAUCGUUGGGUAAUCAAGGGGCUGGCACACAGGCGGCCGUGAGUUCGGCCUCCACACCUACCACGAUAACACUGCAGGUGCCAACCCUAGGCGUGGGUGGAGUAGGCGGCGCUGUUCAAUUAGUACCAGCCCUGGGACUGCCGGGUGUUCAGUUCGCGCAGAUACAACAACAACAACAACAACAGCAACCGCAGCAGCAGACCGUUAAUAUUGGGCAACAAAUCCAGCAAGAUCCAAAUGAGCCAGGCAAGUGGCAGGUGGUGACUGUCAGUACGGCAAGCAGUACUGCAGCAUCACCUCAAGAAUGUGAAGCAGCCAAACAAAGAGCAGAAAGCCCCAACUCUUCAAAAAAACACAUGAAGCGAGUAGCUUGCACCUGUCCUAACUGUGAUCAGGGAGAGAAUCGUGUUGUCGACCGCAAGAAACAGCAUGUGUGUCACAUUGCUGGCUGCAACAAGGUGUAUGGAAAGACAUCUCAUUUACGAGCUCAUCUCCGUUGGCAUUCUGGAGAGAGACCCUUCUUGUGCAAUUGGCUGUUUUGUGGAAAAAGGUUUACCAGAUCGGAUGAAUUGCAAAGGCAUCGUAGAACACACACAGGGGAGAAACGGUUUGAAUGCCCUGAGUGCAGUAAACGUUUCAUGCGGUCUGAUCACCUAGCCAAACAUGUUCGGAUCCAUACGAAAAAUAGAAUUACGGAAGUAGCAACAUCGACACAAUCAAUGUACUCUGAUUCAGGUGAUGAUAGUUCAGAUGAGAAAAUGAUGUUGACUAUAGAGACCAUCCAUCCUGAGGGAGAGAGCGAAGAUAAACUUGUCAUGAUCCGUCCUGGACCGAAGGUUGAACCGGAACAACUGGACAGCUAGGACGAAGACAGCGACGAGUAAACGUCGUCGCUGUCAAAAUGAAUAAAGUUAAUACUACUGUGUAGUAUGUUUAGACUUGCAGAACUUGAGGGAAUCACAUAAACGAUAUUGUGAAACAGUGCACGCUUGUGGAAUUUAUGUUCUAGGCCAACAAGUCUUUAGUACAACAAAACAUUGUGUUCUCACGGUUAGCAGUUUAUUGGUAAUAAACUGUUAUUGGUAAUAAACUGUCUAAUUAAUUUGGUAUAGUUGACAGUUUGGUAUAGUAUGGGCGACUUCUGCAUUGAAAUCGCAUGCACAAUACAUACCCAAUUUCCCAACUUCAAAGUGUUGAACAUGAGCUUAAACUUCAAAUGUGCUAUCUGCCUAGCUUAAAAUAAAGUACUACGAACAUGAAGUGAGUGUUAAUAGGGAGUGCAUCAGUUAUGAAAUAAUCGUGUUUUUUUUAUUAGCUGUUUGCUAACUGUAGUUCGAUGAGUGAAAAUUUUAAAAAGUUGUGUUAAAUAUUAAUCGUUACAAAAGAGUUAUGAGUUAAUAUGUUUUUUAAACAUAAGCAUGUAUAUAGAUUACUCGAAAUUCAAAUUUUGUUUUUGAAUGAAACGUGUACUGUUGCAAUCUAUUUAUAUGGAAAAGUCGUGCAAAAUUUGGUGAUAUUAAAUUUGACUGAAAUAAGGGACUAUUGAAUGUUAAUUGAAUGAUAAGGGGUUAAAUUUAAAGUAUUUCAUAAGAGAGUAAUAAUAAUAAAAAUUGUAAAUAAAAUAUUUUUGUCACUGAAACACUGGUAGAAGAUGUCUGUAGUGGAUUUAAAAUGUAUAAUAUUAAAAAAAAAAAUCAUUUCCACAAGUAGCCAAAGUGUGGUAGUAUUUUUAAUGCUCUUUAGAUUUAAGAUAUUUCGAGUAAAUAAAAAUUCUGGAGAAAAUAAUUUUAAGUAAAUGCUGCAAAAUAUUUUCGGAGUGUUAAAAAUUUUUCUUCAUUUUUGAGGGAUGAAAAAAUAUCAGAUCGCCGAUUAUUUAUGUACAGUGUAUCCAUCUUAUAUAAGAAUUAUUUCGAUAACAAAUAAUAUGUUCAUCUGUGAUUCGAUAAUGAAAUUUUUACAGGCCUGUCAGUGCUCAUGUUCAUAAGAAAAUGGGAAUGUAUGUAAAUGCACAAUGUUUAAUGUAUGGUGUUAUUUAGGUACUUAAUAACAACUUUUUAUUGAGAUUCAGGGCAUUGAGUCAUUUUAACUAACACACAUUUUAUGAGUAUGUAAAUAAACCAUUACUGUAGCGUGUAAUAUGUGGCUGAAUUAAACACUUAUUUCAUAGCAGAUUAGUAAUAAAAAUAAAUGAAAAUUAUUAUUUAACUUGGUUGCUACUGUAUAUUGUACUUAUAAGGUAUUAUUUCGAGAUGUGACUUAUUACUCGAUUUUUACUAAUCGACUUGUGUUUAAUGCCAACGUGUAUACUUAGCUUGUUCUUCUAUAUGUUCAUAUGAAGUUAAAUUUGUAGGGUUGAUUCAAUUUCAAUUGGAUUUAAUCUAACUGUAAAAUAUAUUCAGGCAUUAUAUAUGAGUGACAAUCUGUCAGUUUUUUAACUACCAACUAAUAAUUAUGUUCUGAUAAUGUGAAUGGCAACCAGAUCAUUUUGCGGACACUGAAAUAUAAAUAAAAUAUAUAUUAUGGUUUACUUUUUUUAUCCAAUUUUAUUUACAUUAGUGAGGCCGACUAGUAACAGUAAAUAAUAAAACAUUCCAAAACUUCGAACUCUAAAAAAAAACAAAAAGAAUUAUAGGAUUAAUUCCGUCAAAGUUAAGUGUGCCUGCAUGGUGGACAUAAAUCACUUUUUUUGAAGCUAUGAUAGUGACAUUUGCUGACAUAUUUAAUGUUAGAGUUUGUACGAUGUUUAUUAUUAGUUUUUAUUUACGAACACACACACUAACCCAUACUAACCUUAUGUAGUAAAACCUGUAUGUACUAAUUUAGUGCUCAGUGUUCUUGUUGAAAGAAUCGGCAGUAGGUAUAUCCCCACUUUAUUUAACAAGCACUUGACGCUUGUUGAUUAUAUGAAACUCCAGCAGGCGUUAAGAAUUGAAAUGCAAUAAAAUAGUUCGUCUUGAAAAAAAUAUUAUGUUAUUAAAUCAAGCUGCACUACAUAUAAAAAUUGUUGACGAAUUAAUAUAUGUUUUCCAUAUGCAUUAGAUAAAAAUAAUAAAUGCUUAGUACAAGCAAAAGUGUGAGCCGGUUACUGUUUUAAUAUUUACAUAUGUCUCUUUACAUCGAAUCAUGUGGUGGGUCCAAAUUUAUAAACGAAUCUGGCUAAUUAUAUAUUGAAUGUAAAUAAAAUUAAUUAACAAAACAUCAGGAACGCAUUAAUUUUCUCUAAGCUGUGUAUAUUAAUUAUGCUAAACGUGUAAGUGUAAAAAUGGUUUUAUUGUUGGACUUGUUAA